UGAAGAGUAAGUGAAGCUUUUCUCUGCUGUGGCAGAUUCUUUUCAGUGGUAAUUUAUAUCCAGGGUUAAUUAAAAAAAUAGCAAGCACUGCCCACAUGCCCUGAGGAGUUUGCUAUCCAUCACUGUUGUCAGUGAAGGUUUCCAUUACAGCAGUCACAGAUGGCUGAGCAGGGGAGGAUAGUCAUGCCGACUGUCGGAGCAACGGGCGACAGGGGACGACUGACCAGCAACAAAAUCUACAAUACUUCUUACAGAGCUUCUUAUGGUGCAACUGUCACCAAUGCAGACAGGGUGAACUUCAAUGCUCACCUUGGACGUCCAAGUGGGACAGGCUUCACAGCGAACCAUAGGCCAGCUGUAUAUUACAGACCCAGUUUGGACCAUAUUGACAACCCUCAGUUUGGACUCCUGUUAUCUGACAGUUUCAUGUCUCAAACCAAGCGGCAUUACCAGCCUCACAUCCGGACCGAUAGUUCGACGUCUUUGCCAAACCUCGUUAACAGACCCAGAGAGAGCGGCUUCCAUCAGCUGAGGAAUCAGCCCAAAACAGAGACUGUGGAGAAGAAGACAGAAUACCAAAGAUUGUUUGUGCCCCAUCGUCUCACAUCAGCAGCUGCAAAGAACCACAUGACUGUGGGUCCAAAAGGAGAAACUGGUUUCACUGAGGGAACAGACCUUCAACUGAACACAUUUCAGGAUAAAAAAAGCUGCAUGGUUGAACCUCGCCAGACACACAACUCACUGAUGAAAAGUGACUUUGUGCCACCAACAUUUCUGCAGGGCACUGAGGCGACACCGAGCCUGCGCAGCCAUUCUUCACGAGAAACAGGAUACACUCGAGGUACCUUGGCUCCUUUGGCCUGCCCAACCUCCCUUCUGCCAUCACCUGAGACUAAAAUUAAUACACCGACUCAGAGGAUGAUUGGGAAAAAGGAGCCUUCUGGGUCUCUUCUCAAUGCUCCAAACAACCAAGCUUUCCCUAGCACACCUUUUGACUGUUCCCACUUCACUACCCACUAUAAGAGCACGUUCUGUCAUCAUGCUGAUCUUGAAAAGUUGAGAUCUGGCCACACCGGUGCCGGCAUCAUCAACUCUAAAAUGGACAACGGCUACAAUCGUCGGGACAUGGACAGGUUCAUCUUCAGGGGCUAGACCUUCACACAACUAUGUGGCUACUCAUUAUAAAAAUAAAAUAUGGUGUUUCUUGGUGACACAUUA